GUCCAUUGAAUCGCGCGGGCUGCCGGCGGUGAGCGCGGGGCUGAGCCCGGAUCUCUGCGCCCUCCGCCGCUCGCCUCUGAGACGCGCGCCACUCGCACCAGCCACCCCGCUGCCCGCCGUCGCCACUGCGCCCGCUCCCCCGCGCCGCCGCCGCUCUCCUCGCCCCGCGCCUGCCCCCAGGAUGGUCCGCGCCAGGCACCAGCCCGGCGGGCUGUGCCUCUUGCUUCUGCUGCUCUGCCAGUUCAUGGAGGACCGUAGCGCCCAGGCUGGGAACUGCUGGCUCCGCCAAGCCAAGAACGGCCGCUGCCAGGUCUUGUACAAGACUGAGCUGAGCAAGGAAGAGUGCUGUAGCACGGGUCGCCUGAGCACCUCAUGGACCGAGGAGGAUGUGAACGACAAUACGCUCUUCAAAUGGAUGAUCUUCAAUGGGGGUGCCCCCAACUGCAUCCCCUGCAAAGAAACAUGUGAUAAUGUGGACUGUGGCCUUGGGAAGAAAUGCCGGAUGAACAAGAAGAACAAACCCCGCUGCGUCUGCGCCCCGGAUUGUUCCAACAUCACUUGGAAGGGUCCAGUCUGUGGGAUGGAUGGCAAAACCUAUCGCAAUGAAUGUGCCCUCCUCAAAGCCAGAUGUAAAGAGCAGCCGGAACUGGAAGUCCAGUACCAGGGCAAAUGUAAAAAAACCUGUCGGGAUGUGUUCUGCCCAGGCAGUUCCACGUGCGUGGUGGACCAAACCAAUAACGCGUACUGUGUGACCUGCAAUCGGAUCUGCCCGGAGCCUACCUCCCCUGAGCAAUACCUUUGUGGGAAUGACGGAAUCACCUACCCCAGUGCCUGCCACCUGAGGAAAGCCACCUGCCUGCUGGGCAGGUCCAUCGGACUGGCCUAUGAGGGAAAGUGUAUCAAAGCAAAGUCUUGUGAAGACAUCCAGUGUACCGGUGGGAAAAAGUGUUUAUGGGAUUUCAAGGCAGGCAGAGGCCGCUGCUCCCUGUGUGGCGAGCUGUGUCCCGACAACAAGUCGGACGAGCCUGUCUGUGCCAGUGACAAUGCCACUUAUGCCAGCGAGUGUGCCAUGAAGGAAGCUGCCUGCUCCUCGGGUGUGCUACUGGAAGUCAAACACUCCGGAUCUUGUAACUGAAUCUGCCUGUAAAACCUGAGCCAUUGAGUCUUCAGAACUUUCUGCAGUGUUUGACUUCAUAGAUUAUGUUUCUUUAAAAAAAAAAAAGUUUAAACUAUUGCAUAACAGCAGAUGCCAAAAACAAACAAAAAAUAAUAAAAGCAUCUCACUGCAAGUCACAUAAAAAUACAACGCUGUUAUAUGGCUGUCUCAGAGGGCUUUGAACACAGGCACUGAGCUGCUUCCGCGCUGUUGUCGUCCACAUUUAAACAACAGCUCCCCUGUAUUCCCCCAUCUAGCCAUUUCGGAAGACACCGAGGAAGAGGAGGAAGAUGAAGACCAGGACUACAGCUUUCCUAUUUCUUCCAUUCUAGAGUGGUAAAACCUCCACCAACCAAUGUUCAGUGUUGACAUAGCCUUUGA